AUGAAUGGAAUGGAAGGCAAUCAUUUCUAUGUCCCUGUGUCCAACAAGAUUGGUCUUCUUUGUACAGAGUUCAAGUAUCCACAAUACUGCUUAGGAACAUCUGCCUACUUUUUUCCCCUGAUUCUCUUGGGGUUCCCUAUCAACCACUUAGCUCUCUUGGUCACCAUCCAACACAAGAAAUUUGGAACACUACUAAACUACAUGCCCUUAACUUUGACCAUAGCCAGUCUCUUCCUGGUCUUAACAGAUUUCACAACCAUCAUGUAUACACCUGUCGCAGGCAACCAUAUAAGGGGUACACGGGGGAUGAGUGCAGAAGGCACCUUUUGCUCUUUUACUGGUGAAAUGGCUCUGUGGUCUUUGAUAAAACUGGUAGUAGAAAGGUAUGUGGUGGUCUGCAAGCCCAUGAACAAUUUCUGUUUCAGUGAGACCCAUACCCUCAUAGGCCUCACUUUGAUCAUGGCCUUGUCUGGCCAUUCUCCUCUCUUGGGAUGGUCAACAUACAUUCUAGAAGGUCUGCAGUGUUCAUGUGGAGUUGAUUAUUGUACACCAACCCCAGAGGUGCACCAAGCCCACAGUAAGUCCUUUUACAUUUAUAUGCUCAUGUUACACUUUGUGAAACCAAUGACUAUUAUCUUCUGCUACAAACGCCUUGUCUGUUCUGUCAGAGAGGCUGCGGCUAAGCUACAGGAGUCAGACACCACCAAGAAAGCUGACUAAGAAGUUACUUGCAUGGUUGCCAUCAUGGUCACUUCCUUCCUUAUUUUCUGGAUCCCAAAUGCCAGUGUUGCUUUCUGCAUCUUUACUCACCAAGGAUCUGAUGUCAGCCCUGUCUUCAUGACCAUCCCAGCCUUCUUUGCCAAGAGCUCAGCUAUCUAUAACACAGUGAUUUACGUCUUUUUUUCUGUCCAGUUUCAUAACUGUAGGAUCACAGCGCUCUGCUGUGGAAAGAAUCCUCUGGCUGAUAAGGAUGCUUCAGUUGACCCUAAGACUUUCACAAUCUCAACAAGUCAGGUUACUCCUGGAUAG